AAGAAGUUGUACACCUCCAAGGACAAGAAAAAAGCUCCCCUCCUAUAAAAGCUAGAGUGUGACGAGCAUGGGAUUGCGGGAGGUUCUUCAGAUAGAACGAGGAAGGGGUAGAAGGAGGCGUAUCGUCAACCCUUCUCAAUAAAUAUGGAUCUGGAUCAUCGACAUGAGUGUGGCACCUGCUGCAUUUUCCUGUUUUUCGGAUUUGCAAUUCGGUCUGGAUUCCCACCCUCUUGUUCGCCAUUUUUACCUAUCAUUAUUCAGUUGUGAACCCGUAGUUUUCCAAUUGAUCUUCUUCCCCCUAUUUCUGGAGGCCUCCUCCUAUUCUGGAGGGGGUUGUGCAGAAGGCGUAUCCGUCUUUUCCGCAGGCAGUUUUCAAAAAGUUGCUCCAGGUCUGGGGUUUGGAAGGUACAGCGUACGGGAUGGCGGCGCGCCGUCUCCACCUGUUGACACGCUACCGCUGCCGCACGUCGCGGGGACUGAGUGAAGUCUACUACCUGAGCUCCGGCUUUGCUGAGGGCGAUCGUCGCAGUCCGAGCGAUUUCGCCUGUUGCUACGAGUUGGUCAUCCGCAUCAUGCGGCGGAAUAUCCAACUGGCGCUACCGCAGGGAGCGGGAUUGCGUAGUAAAUCACGAUGCCUG